AUGAAAACUACUGAAUUUUCAUCUUCGUCGUCGCCAAGCGAUCGCAGGGUCGGUGCAUUGCUCCGUCAUCUCACCGCCGGGACAGAUUCUCCGUCAACGGAUCGUCUGAGCUCCGUUAUUGCCUCGCCUACGUCGGAAGUCUCAUCCGGUUCUGUUUUCGCUCAUCUUGUCCAAGCUCCAGAGGAUCCUAUUCUUGGGAUGACAAUUGCAUAUAACAAGGACCCUAGCCCAAUUAAGCUUAAUUUGGGAAUUGGUGCUUACCGAACUGAGGAGGGGAAACCUUUGGUUCUUAAUGUUGUGAGGAAAGCUGAGCAGCAGCUUAUCAAUGACAGCUCACGAGUCAAGGAGUAUCUGCCCAUUGUUGGAUUGGUUGAGUUCAACAAGCUAAGCGCUAAGCUCAUACUAGGCGCUGACAGUCCUGCUAUUCGAGAGAAUCGGGUUACAACCGUGGAGUGUUUGUCUGGUACUGGUUCCCUCAGAGUUGGAGGAGAGUUUUUAGCCUAG